CUUUAAAAUUAAUUUAAAACACAAUACUUUGUCCUUCAAUUUUUUUUCUAAAAGAAAAAGGGAAAAAUUUUGAUAUUAGAACUAUAGAACAAAUAAUGUCCUAAUGUCAAGUUUCUUACAUGCAAAAACUAUGUAUGUGGCCAUUGAUGUUAAUAAUCAUAUUUGUAAAUAUAUACAGCCGUUUUGAAAUGGUCAGUGGCAGUUUUGAGAGUGACAGUUGGAAGAGAAAUGUGAAGACUUGUGGCCCCAUACGAGAUUAAACAGAGUUUGCUAGUUAUGAGUCAUCACCAUCCAUCAUUCUCCUCUCCAGUUCUUACUGAUAUAUAGCCUUCCACGUCGAAUCAUUGAAUCAAGCCAAGCAAAGCCAGGAUCUUUUAUCAGGAGAAGAAGGAAAAUCCCAGUUGGUAUUGUCAUAGCUUCAGUGGAUUUGGGAGUUCUGUAGAUGAUGGAGUUAUAGAGACUUUUUAUUUCUGUGUUGUCCUCUAUGAAUAUGUACUAUUUUCAGUGGACUUUCAAGGCGUGCUUUAUGAAGAACAUAGAAAAUAAUUGUCAAGAAAUGUGUUUAAUAUGAUAGACUCAAAUUAUCAAUGGCAAAGAAGAGCUGCUGGUUUGGUUGGAUGAAGGAGAUCUUUGUUUCUGAUUCGAAAUCGAAGACGGAAAAGAGAUCAAAGAAGUGGAGAUGGGUUAUUGGAAGGUUCAAUAAGAUCAGACAACGGCCUGCACUUCCUGCUGCACAGACAGCAUUCAGUGAAGCAACAGAAGAGCAGAGAAAGCAUGCUAUGACAGUCGCCAUUGCAAGUGCAGCUGCAGCUGAGGCUGCGGUUGCUGCUGCCCAAGCUGCUGCUGAGGUUGUUCGGCUUACGACUGCUUCUCGAUCUUACUAUCGUUUCACAAAGGCUGAUCAAAACUUGCCUGCAGUCAAGAUACAGAGUGCUUUCCGUGCAUAUCUUGCAAGAAAAGCACUGCGAGCAUUGAAGGGACUGGUGAGGCUUCAAGCCAUUAUUCGUGGCCAAAAUGUGAGACGCCAAGCUGCCAAGCUAAGGUGUUUGCUCCCCUACAAAAAAUUACCUCUGAAAAUACAAGUAAACAGCACUCCAAUUGCGGAUGGAAAUUACAAAGAUGGUGCUAAGAAAUUGUUCCAUUGGCCAAAAGGAGACUUGGAAGAGAAUGAAAUCGAGCUUGAAUGCAACGCUAGACGAGGCUGGGAUUGCAGCUCUCUUUCAAAGGAAGACAAGGAAGCCAUGUGGUUGAGAAAGCAAGAAGCCAAUUGCAAAAGAGAGCGGAUGAUGAAAUACUCAUUCUCCAACCGGGAGAGGAGAAAUACUCAAAUUCUUGAAGAAUCAUUGUCCAGGAUGGGAAGUUGCAGAAAAAGCUGGUGGCAGUAUCAAUGUUCAGAUGCUGAAGGACAUGACAGGGAAGCAUCAGGGAUUUUGAAACGAACUGUUAGUUCGAAUCUGAUGACCAGCGAGAUAUUUGACACCACAAAGGUUAAACUGAGGAAUAGACAAAAACAAGAUUCCAUAGAAGGACUAAAUUCGCCACGUUCAUUUCCAAGAAGAUCAUUUUGUCGCACGCAAAGGAAUAUGGCUGAAGAUGAUGCCAGUUCCAUCCCGAAUUCUCCAAUAUUCCCAACUUAUUUGGCAGCAACAGAAUCUGCCCUGGCAAAGGCAAGGUCAAUUAGCACCCCUCGUCAACGAGUAAGAUUUCUGGAUGCUUAUGUUAAAAACAGCUUGCCACAUAAAGAUGAACUCUCUCAUUGGUCUUCCUAUAAUGGUGAGUCCUUUAGCACCGAUACAAAGAGUGGUACUUCUAAGCAGGUUCUUCUGUAGACAAGAAUUUUCAUUUCUCAAAUUGAAAGAAAUACCUAUGGUCCUCAAUGUGAAUCCAUGUAUUCAAGUUGAAGUGGUGGCUUGAGUUCUUAGCUGAUGAGGUUUUGAGAAACAUGAAGCUUGGAGUUCAGGACGCGCUGAAUUUUGAUGGCACCGUAAUAUUACAUUGAAGCUCUAAUUGACCCUUCAGAAAUCGGAGACAAGAAGAAAGCGCUAGAGGAGGAUGAAAUUGCAGUAUAUAAAUCUUGUUUGUCUACACUUUUAAGUUAUUAUGUUUUGUUUUUUUUUCGUUAUCCAUGUUUUACGUAGUGUGAAGGCUUGAAGUGUUCUUUUCUUUGCUUCAUAUGUUGUUAUGUACAGAAAAAUAUAAGUUGGAUAAUGUGCAAUGAAAGGUUUGAUUUGUGUUGGAAAACAGUAAGAUGAAAAGGUUCCAUAUACAUUGCAUGUUCAAUGGUUAUUAAAUUAAUCACUUUUAUCUCACUAUAUCGCUACUAUCUUACUAGGUAAUGCACAAUAUAAGUGCCUUACUGCCUUUAUUCCAUUGACAAACUAUUCUUGCUUGCUCUUAGCUAAAACUAAUCUGGUAUUUAGGUGUUUUGUCUGGAGAGAAGAGCCCCCAGUGUUUCUCAAUUUCUGGACCUUGCUUCUGGUUCUCAUCAAACAUGG